AACUGUUCAAGUGGGAAGUGCUACGAGGAUGAUGGAUGGGGAGAGUAACUGCAACAACAACAACAGUUAAAACACAAAUAUCAGCUGCCAUACCACAAUCGCCUCCAUCAAGAAUGUUAGCUACAACUUAUAUUAACAAUAACAAUGACAAAAUUAAUAACACCAACAACAACAACAUUUACAACAGCAUGUCAAAGAGGGAGUCUGUACACAAGUUUUCAGUUUGCUAGAGAUAGCAGCUAAACCUUUUCUUUACCCACCCUGGAUUGCACACCACCACUUUCAAAGUAAGUGCGAUGGGCACAUGGAUCAGUGUAAUUUGGAUAACACUGUGUCUGAACACAAUAUGGAAUAGUCAUGGUUGGAUUGCAUGCAAUUUGAUUAUAAGUUUGAAUGAUUAAUUAAAGCUGAUCUGGAGUUAUACAAGGGUAAAAACAAUAGGCACAACAACAUUCGUAAUCUAACCAUAACGACAGUAAACUAAUAGUAACAGCAUUGAUAACAACAGAUAUAUCAGCAGCAACAGCAGGAUUAAAAUAAUAUAAAUAUAUAUAUAUGUGUGUAUAUAUAUAUAUAUAUAUAUAUAUAUAGAUAUAAAUAUAUAUACAUAUAUUUAAGCAUAAGAAAAACAGUAUAACUAUCGCCAUAUGAAACAACAGCAGCAUCACCAAUACCACCAUCCAUAUCAAUAAGCAACGACAGCUAUAGCAAGCAGCAGCAACAGCGGUAGCAGCAGCAAUAACAACAACAGCAGCAGCAGCAGCAGCUGCUAUUUCUCCUAUAACUUUUCAAUUGGAUACAACAUUUAAUAUCAGUGUAGGCAGAAGGGAAUAACAAAGGCACAAGUUGAGUGGUUUUUUGAAGAAAAAAAAAAAACACACAUAAUACCAAUGUUAUUUUCAUUAUAUUACAUGUUAUGAAAAGAUGAAAUUCAUUGCAAGAAUUCAGGAAUGAAGCGGCGGCAGAAAUUUUGGCUGUAAGUUUUAGAGAAAGAUUCAUAAUUAUUCUGAGAAACAUCGACAAGAAAAUGUUUGCACAGAUUUGUGUGGUUUUUGCACUUUUACACACCUCGAAGUGUGUAGACUUUACAUUCUAUGUAAAAGAGGGCAGACGACCAAAUACAUUCAUUGGAGACGUUUCAAUGAAAAUGCAACUAAUGGACAGUGUUCCUGCCACAGACAUUAGUUCAACUUGGUUUAGUCUUCUUCAACAUGAUACAGCAAGUGACCACCAGUUAUUCAAUAUAUCUCGGAAUGGUAAACUUUUCACUGCUAGAACAUUGGAUGCAGAGAGCCUCUGCAAAUAUAACACUGACUGUUACAAAACAUUAGAUGUUGCUGUACAGAAGCAGAAGACAUUUCUCAAGAUCUUGGAGAUAAGAGUAAUUAUACAAGAUGUCAAUGAUCAUACCCCAAUAUUUUCAGAAAAACAAGUUGACAUAGAAUUUUCUGAGAGAGACAGCAAAGGUUCUAGUAUUUCAAUACCAAAUGCCAUUGAUGAAGACGUUGGCGUUCUUAAUUCACAAAUUACCUAUCAACUAAAAAAGCAUUCAAAUGAGCCAUUUAUGUUGUCAGAAUCAAAAAAAGUUGAUGGCACAGCAAAACUUGGAAUCAUUUUGGAAGAGAAACUUAAUCGAGAAGUCAAAGACACAUACCAUGUUCAAGUUAUUGCUAAAGAUGGGGGAACCCCAACAAAACAGAGUGUUUUAAAUGUUCAAAUAUUUGUCACAGAUGUCAAUGACAAUUCACCUGUGUUCAAUCAAGAUAUCUAUAAUGUUUCAAUUAAAAGUUCUCACCGGAAAAACAUCCCAGUUGUGGUUGUAUCUGCAAAAGACUUAGAUGCAGGUAAAAAUGGCCGAAUAUUGUAUACAUUUAGUUCAAAAUCUUCGGAUACUUCUAAUAUUCCUUUUGAAUUAAAUAAACUCACUGGUGAAUUAUUUUUACAUGAAAACUUCACUCCAGUUAAAAAACAGACAUAUAAAUUGUUUAUUGAAGCCAAAGAUGAAGGGAUGCCACCUUUAAGUUCAACUACAAUGGUUAUAUUAACGAUAAAUGACCAGAUGAACAUAGCACCUAAAAUAGAUGUAAGCUUUGUGUCUGCAUCAUCAAAAAAUGCAGCAGCUAUUUCAGAAGAAACAGAAAUUGGUAGCUUUGUUGCAUUUGUGAAAGUUACAGAUAACGAUAUUGGCCCUAAUGGAGAGGUCAGCUGUGAGCUACAUCAUGAUAAAUUCAGGCUUCAAAGUCUUGGUGGAAAGAAAUAUAAAUUAACAAUAAAAAGCCUGGUUGAUAGAGAAACUGAGAGACAAAUUGACAUAACAAUUACAUGUCAAGACAGAGGUUUACCACCAUUACAGACUAAGACAAAUGUCUCUAUCCAAGUGAUGGAUAUUAAUGAUGUAAAACCUCAGUUUUCUAAAGAUACAUUUAGAUUUUUGAUUUAUGAGAAUGAGAAGCCAAACUUUCCUGUUGGUUUAAUCAAUGCUACUGACCCUGAUCUUGACUCUGGUGGUCAAUUAUCAUAUUCUUUAUUUGCUAAUAAUAAAAAUAAACUUCCAUUUUCAAUAACAGAUUUUGGUUUUAUUUCAACUACUCAGACAUUAGAUCGUGAACUUCAAAGUGUCUAUAGAUUUAAAGUUUUAGUCAAAGACAAUGGAACACCAUCAUUAAACAACACUGCAAAUAUCAUGGUGGAAGUAAUGGACGAAAAUGAUAAUGCUCCAUAUUUUAUUUUCCCUCAAGUUAAUCCAUUCCGCCUUGAUGUCCACUACCAUCCACGGAAUAAAAACAAUAUUACAGUUUUGCGAGCCUCUGAUAAAGAUAAUCAGGAAAAUGCCUUUCUUCGAUAUGGAAUAUUAGAAGGUAAUGACAGACAGCUAUUUACAAUUAAUACUUAUACUGGAGCUGUUUCAUUCUCACGUGUGAUCUUCCAAAGAGAUGCAGGAGCCUAUAAUAUUGUGUUUGUUGUCAGGGACAGUGGUACUCCAGUUUUGUCAGCCACCACUACUUUAUCUUUGACAUUGUCUGUCAGUAAUAAAACAGCUACUAUGCUAACUGCACUUGAUACAGAACCAACUGAUCGCAUACAUAUCAAUUUAGUGAUCAUAAUUGUUCUUGCUGCAGUUACUGUGUCAGUUGUUAUGGUGAUAUCAAUUACAAUUUGUAUUUUACGAAGGAACAAUGAAAGACAUACAGAAUUCUGUGCAGAAAUUGACCCUUCAAAUAAAAUUUUGAAUGAAUCAAAUCAGCUAAAAUAUUUUUGUGAAAAGUUAACUCCUCAAUCAGAUCCCUCAAUUGCUAUAGUAGACGUAAGCAAGAGCAGGAGUCAUAUGCCAAUACGCCCAAGUGAAGAGUUGCCAUCAAGAUAUGAGACAAAUCAUAAUAGAUUAGAAGCUCCACUUGGAAUACCUUGUCAAGAUACUUCAGAGAUGACACAACAGAUGAGUGUUAAAAAGACAGCUGGGAUAUCAGGCAGUCUGAAAGAUAGGAAAACUGCAGUUAAUUCCCCUUACCGCUCUAGUGAAAUGUCUACGGUAUCUUGUGCUGAUGGUAGACAUGGCUGGAGUGAGGGAGACACAGGAUACUAUGAAGAACUUCCAGAUGUCUAUUCCUGCAAAUUUCAACAUCUUCAAAAUGUAGAUAAAGACUCGUUUGUACAAACACUAAAUUACCCAUCAGACAUCAGUAGCAGACAUGUUUACCAUCCAAGUAUUAAGAAAAAUUUACACAGCAAUGAAAUGGGAACUCACAGUAUUAACACAACUACACAACCUUGGAAUUUACCAAUGAGAAACAGUUUUACAUCAUAUACAAAGCCAUUACCGGCAGUCCCCAAGUUACCAUAUUCAUGAAACUCUGUGUCUUUGAUGUAAAUUUGUGUGUGCGUGUGUGUAUAUCUAUAUAUAUAUGUAUAUAUAUAUAUGUGUGUGUGUGUGUGUAUGUAUAUAUAUAUAUAUAUAUAUAUAUAUAUAUAUAUAUUAAGACUCAGACAGUUCCAUGUAAUAUUAAUGUGUUACCAUAUUUCUCAAGGGAGUGUUUUUUUUUUCCUUUUUUUCUCUCAUGACUGAGACAGAAAAUUGUGAAAACAUUGACAGCAAACAUUUGCUCUGUUGUUGACAAAGCUCUGGUGCCCUGUUUCAAUUCACAUUUCAUCAAUAUCAAUAGGUCAGUUUUUUCAAGUUCAGAAUAUAAUUAACAUUUGUUUAGUUUACGCAAUCUUAUUAAAAACAAAAAGAAAAACAAAAAAGAAAACAAA